ACAUUUUUAACAUAUAAUGUUUUAAUGCAACACAGCCAUGCUUAUUUCUGUAUUUCAUGCUACAACUAUAGAGUUGAGUAGUUAGGACAGAAACUGUGUGAUCCAUAACGCUGAAAAUAUAUACUGUCUGGCCUGUUAGAGGAAAAGGGUGCUGAUGACUCCUGGCCCAGGAGGUGAAUGGGGUGCUGAGGAACGAGGGGGCAGGCAUGGCUGAGGCCAGUUUGGGCAUGCCUCGGCAAGGCACAGGUGAAAAGCUGAAACAGAAGUUUCUUCCGUGUGACGCAGAGUAAUGUGCUUCCCCAGAGAACCGGGGACUGCAGCAUGGGGCUUGCAUGCCAGUCAGGAGCCGAGGAGGGCUGCUGGCUAGGAUGUGGUCACCGUCCCUGGGUCUUUCUUACCGCCUAGCUGGGGAUGCAUUGGUGACAAAUGCAUUCUUCUCCUAGUAGGAUGUGUUCAUUUUGCCUGGUCGUUUCAGUCUUCCGGUCCUUUAGUUGUCGAUCCAUUUAUUCAGCAGAUGCUGCUUGAGGGCCAGGCGUGGUGCCCGGUACCAUCACAGUGUGUGCAAAACCCGUGACGCAUCCCUCUCAUGAAGCUGCCGUUUUCCUGAGGGGAGACCGUGAGCGUACCUGGGAAAACGGGAGUGUAUGAGACAGUGGUAGUGAUCCAGAGACAGACACAGAGGAAGGAUCCAGCCUGUGGCUGGGAGUACGGUUUCAGGUUACAGGCCUCACUGAGCAAAGACCAGAACAACGAAAGGGCACGCGCCAUCCAGGUUCUGGGGUCGGGCGGGCUGAGUUUGCCCUCGGAAGCAUCCAGGGGCCCCUGUGACUGCAGCAGACAGGCAAAGGGAGAUGGAAGCAGAGAGCAUGGGGGACAAGCUUUUGUCACAUCACAGGUGUCUUUAAGGACUUCUGCUUUUUUACUCCCUUGGAAUAGAGGGGGAGCCACAGAAAGAUGUUCCAAGACUAAUUUGAUCUCAUUUAUGUUAAUACUUUAAAAAGCAGAGCCAUAUGACUUGCUAAUGAGUCUACUGUGGGGUAAAAGACAGGAGUCAGGGAUACUCCAGAGUGUUUGACAAUGGGGUGAAUGGCAUUGCUGUCAUCUGAGCUGGGGAACAUGGUAGAUGGAGCGGACCUGAAAGGGACUGUGAGGAGACCAGUGUGACAUGCGACAUUGUAGGUUCCUUUACUGUCCAAAUGCAGGGGCCAAGUAAGCAGUAGGAUACGGGGGAGUGUAACCUAUCUGGAGGACAGGGGAGAAGUCCUAGCUAGAAGUAUACGUUUGGGAAUUCUGUUUAAAGUCACAAGAUUGAGAUCACUGAGAGACCAGCAGUGUAAGGACUGAGCCCUGAGUACCCCAGUGUUUAGAGGUUGAGGCAACAGAGAUGGGCCGGCAGGAGAGGGGGCCGGUGCGGUAUUCCAGAAGCCAGCCAAGGAAGUGCUUGUAGAAGCCACACUGGCCAGGUCUGUCGAUUUGUCCAGUGUGUCCAGUGGGUCUGGUUUCAACUUAACGUUUAUCUGUUUCCUUGAUAGAAUGAGGAGAAGCCUGUGCAGAUGAUGUUUAAAAAAUCUACCUUUCAAAUGACCUAUAUAGGAGAAAUAUUCACCAAAAUUCUGGUGCUGCCCUAUGUGGGCAAAGAGCUGAACAUGAUCAUCAUGCUUCCAGAUGAAAACACGGAUUUGAGGACGGUGGAGAAAGAACUCACUUAUGAGAAAUUCACAGAGUGGACGAGGCCAGACAUGCUGGAUGAAGAAGAGGCGGAAGUGUACCUCCCUAGAUUUAAACUGGAGGAGAAUUACGACAUGGAGAAUGUCCUUUGCACUCUGGGCAUGACCGAUGCCUUCGAGCAGGCCAAGGCAGACUUUUCUGGAAUGUCGUCCAGGAAAGACCUGUAUCUGUCCAAGGUGGUGCACAAGGCCUUCGUGGAGGUCAACGAGGAAGGCACGGAGGCCGCGGCCGCCACUGCGGCCAUCAUGAUGUUGCGGUGUGCGAGAAUCAUGCCCCGGUUCUGUGCCGACCACCCCUUCCUUUUCUUCAUCCAGCACAGCAAGACCAACAGCAUCCUGUUCUGUGGCCGCUUCUCCUCCCCAUAAGGUCAUGGUCGGCCCCGUACGGAGUCCUCCUCCUCUCUCCUACUGACCCACUUCUCCUGACUCUUCACAGUGUGCCUACAGUGCAAAGUGACCUUGAGUGACAAUCCAAAAAUAAAAGGCCCAGUUUGAAACCCCA